AUGUCCGCUUCCGCACCCAACUCUAGUCCUGAAGGAUACUGCAAAUUCGCCAUCCCAAAGAAGGGACGCUUGUACGAAAAGGUCGUGAAAAUGUUGAAGGGCGCAGGUAUUGAAUUCAACAGAGCCGAUCGAUUGGAUGUUGCUAUCUGCAAAGCAGGACUUCCAAUUACUUUGAUCUUCCUGCCAGCCAAGGAUAUUGCCACAUUCGUUGGAAAAGGUGAUAUUGACGUCGGGAUUACUGGUUGGGACGUCGUGAAGGAAAGUGGUGUAACCGUCGACAGAGUGAUGGACCUUGGAUUUGGAAAGUGCAAGCUUUCUGUUCAAGCUCCUGUCGUAAAGAAAAUUACCGAUGUCGAAAUGCUUGCUGGAAAACGAAUUGCCACUAGUUUCCCAGAGACCACCAAGGAAUUUUUCAAAUUGAUCGACGAGAAGAAGGGAACUAAUACAACUAUAAGCUUUAUUUCCGGAUCCGUCGAAGCAGCCUGUGGCCUAGGUUUGGCAGAUGCUGUUGUCGAUCUUGUGGAAACAGGAACCACAAUGAGGGCGGCCGGUCUUGAGGUUGUCCACGAAGUAUUGGAGACAGAAGCUAUGCUUAUUGCUAACCCCAACUCUACCCACAAGGAUCUAGUAGACCUUAUCAGAAAGCGUCUCGAAGGAUUCAUCACAGCUACAAAGUACUGCUUGGUUAUGUACAACAUCUCGGAAGAUCUCCUGCCGAAGGCACUAGAAGUCUCUCCAGGAAAGAGAUCGCCCACCAUCACAAACUUGGAAGCAGAUGGAAUGAAAGCAGUAUCUUCUCUCGUGCUAAAGAAGGAAGUUCCAGAGAAAAUGGAUGCCCUCCACGAUAUCGGGGCUACAGAUAUUUUGGUAUUGGAAUUGGAAAAUUCUCGAAUGUAA